GGUGUUGUUUAUUUUCGGUGGCGUUUGUUGUGUUGUGGUUCUACACCGUGAUAAUGGCAAAGAAUUACGUUUUGCAAAAUUUCAUUGAUUUUUAAUUUACUGUCGUUGAUAUCAUUGUCAUCUGAUCUUUCAUACGAUAUGGGAUGUGUGAUUACUUCGCUCAAAAUUUAAUCAACCUUUCGUUUCGGCAGCGCAGUCCAGGCAAGCAGGAAUCACCCAUGCAUGUCAUUACCUCCACGCUUGGCGAGAUUUUUUUCGGUCUAGUCAUCUGAAUCAGAGGAAAUCGCACUACUUAAAAUCCGGUGUUUCUGAGCAUGCAGAGAAGGCUCCACGAUGGAAAAUACAGAAGAGUUUGAUGUCAAGCCUCUCAUUAGUGAUGGACAGAAUAAAGGAUCCGUCCGAUGUACCCUGUGCAAUUCCUUGAUUUUGAAUCCCGGCAUGGGAGAGUAUCGCAGCGAAGAGACUGCACUCCCGAACAUGAGGAAGCGAAAGGACGCUGAAUGCGAGGAAGAAGAAGAACCUUUGUCAGAUUUUUGGUUCGUUAGGAAUGUGUACACUUUUGAAAAUGUUGGAAUAUCCAAAGCUAAGGAAGGAAAGAAGUAUCUCACAUGCGCUGAUUGUGAAAUAGGCCCUAUUGGAUGGUGUACUCUUGCAAAUGAUGAUUGUUAUGUAGCGAUUAAGAGGGUAAAAAAUAUUGUUAGUUCAUAAAUAUACUUAUUUUUGUACAUAUA